CUGACUCAUCCAGGAGUCAGGGACAGCAGGCCGCAGCAUGGGCAACUCUUCCGGUAAGGGGGAGGAAGAAGAGGAGGAGAUGGACGAGGAUGGAGAGAAGGAAAAAAUUGCAGAAAAGAAAAAGGAAGAGGAGGAGGAGGAGGAGGUAGAGCUUCCCCUGGGUGUGGAGGAGUUGCUGGAGAGUGGAGAUCCGGUGUUGGACUUGAGCUACCGUAAAUUCCGGCGGUUGCCAUCCCGCGUUUGUGGACUGAUGCACCUGGAGAAGCUCUAUGUGUGCGGCAACAGCCUGCGCACUCUGCCAGACAGCAUCUCCCAGCUGGAGGGUCUGCGCACACUUGCCGUGGACUUUAACAAGAUGGAGGAUGUUCCCUUGGCCAUCUGCCAACUCAGUAACCUUACUCAUCUGUACCUGGGCAGCAACCGCCUUAUGAGCCUCCCGGAUGAGCUGAGCAACCUCCAGAACCUACGCUGCCUGUGGAUAGAGAGCAACUACUUUGAACGCUUCCCACGACUUCUGUACGACCUGCCCCACCUCCGGUCCCUCCAGUUUGGGGACAACCGGUUGAAAACACUCCCUGCUGACCUGUGGCGCAUGGAGGCGUUGAGAGGGCUGUGGCUCUACGGGAACCGCUUUGAGAACUUCCCCAGAAUUCUGCUGCGCAUGGAGGGUUUGGAGAUAUUAGACCUAGACCGCAACAAGAUCACCGAGUUCCCCAGCCUGAGACGCCUCCCUGCCCUGCGGCUGUUCUCCUACGACCACAACCCCGUUAAAGGCCCUCCCAAGGUGGGCGAGGAGGUGAUCUUGGUUGGGGAAGGGGCCGUGGAAUUCAUGGAGGAGCGCGACAACAGGAAGGAGAGGCGGCGAAAGGCUGCGGAGAAAGAGGCGGAAGAGCUGGCAUUGGCAGGGGAGGAGCCGGUGAUUCACGGCAUUCUGAAGAACAGCAGCUCCAACCCAAGCCAAGCGGCAAAUGAGGCCUCAGUGAACAUGGAAGAAGAUGUUGCCAAUGACAUGGGGGAGGACGGCUCCCCGGUAAGGGACGAGGAGGGGGACCUGGAGAGGCCUGUCACAGAAUACGAUGGUGCUGAGCUGGAAUAUGAUGAGGAAGGAGUCGAGUAUGAGACAGAGGAGCUCAUCUGUGAGGGAGAGGGGUUCGAGUACGAUGGAGAGGAGCUGGAGUAUGACAGGGCCCAGAUGGACUAUGAAUAUGAGGAGGGGGAGGAAUUUGAGGGCAUUGGAAGACGGGACUGAGAGGCCUGAAAAUUCCUCACAGUUCCAGAUAAAUAUUGUUUCGUGUAUCAUAGGCAAGUUGAGGCAGAUGACUGAUCAUCCCGGCAGAGAGGAGGCUUUCUUCACGUUUGUAACGGGGCUGCGCUGCUAAUUUAUUAACUGUGAAAACUAAUGAACUGGACAUUAUGAAAUGAUGGAUUGACAGCAUCUGUGACAUCUCAAUCAGCUGCAAAUUGGCAAAUCAGAGCAGGACUCAGGUUGUGUGUGUAUGCGCAUUUGCAUACAUAUGUGUGUGCAGCUGUGCAGUGUGUGUGUGU